AUGCUGUCGAUGACCUCAUCGUCCCUUUCGGCGCCUGCUGCUGAAGCAACUGCUAGCUCGCUCGCGUCACCCUCGAAUGCCUCAUCUAGUCGCGUGAUGUCGGAUACCGCUGAUGACCCCUCUGCAUCUAGCUCGCAGGAGGAAAUUCUCGUAGUUCCACUGCACACCAUUCUGGAGAAGGUGACCCCUUUCUGCAGCCUCUCUGUCCCUGAGCUGCGUGCUCUUGUUCUCCGAUACGACACAGACGGCGUCGGCGGCCUCACGGAGCCUCAGUGGUCGCUCUUCUGCCACGAGAAUCGUCACGCCUUCUCUUCCCUGGGUGAGGAGCUUUUGGAUUUCGACCGCUCCGGCGAGUACAGUGUCCUCGUCGUGAAGCACGGGUACGAAGGCACAAGUAAUACAAACGCGCCGCACUCACUCACCAAGGAGGUAAUUCGGUUCAUUGAGAGUUUCGCCGCCGGCGGUAUCGCUGGCGCUGUGAGCAAGACUGUCAUCGCGCCCGGUGACCGUGUCAAGAUCAUUUUCCAGGUGGAGUCGGCACGUUACUUUAGCCUGCGUGAGGCUCUCUACCUCGGCGCGGAGACGGUGCGAAAGUUUGGCAUAACGGGUUUGUGGAUCGGCAAUGGCGCGACGAUGCUCCGUGUCGUUCCAUACGCGGCUAUCACCUAUGCUUCCUUCGACUUCUACCACAGCAAGCUGCGCUUCAUGUUCAGUCGCAGCAAUCCAGACGGCUCGCCCGACGAGGCGCGGGCGGUGACGCUGCGUUUCAUUAGCGGCUCGUUGGCAGGGGCCACUUCGACUACUUGUACCUACCCACUAGACCUCAUGCGUGCCCGAUUUGCAGCGCGUAGCAGCUCGGGCAAGCGGCGCUUUCCUAGCUAUAGCACCGCUUUCAAAGAAGCCACAUCUAAGCAAGGUGUUCUCUCCCUCUACGGCGGCCUUUUCCCUACGCUUGUGGGCAUUGUCCCCUACGCGGGCUGUAGCUUUGCAUGCUUUGAGACACUUAAGCACUACAUUGUAAAGGUUUCCAACCUGAAGUCUGACAAGGACAUCCCAACGUAUCAGCGACUGGUAGCUGGCGGAUUUGCAGGGUUGCUCGCGCAGUCGGCGACAUACCCGCUUGAUAUUGUGCGGCGGCGCAUGCAAGUCACCCCACGACGCUACUUGAGUGUCAUCGACGCAUUACGAACGGUGUAUCGGGAGGAAGGGAUUCGCCAGGGACUCUACAAAGGCCUUGCCAUGAACUGGAUCAAAGGUCCCAUCGCCACCGCGACGAGCUUCACUGUGAAUGAUCUUGUAAAGCGACGCACGCGCAACUACUACGAGACAACGGUCGUGUACUCGUCGCGCCACAACAUUGUGACGCUGCCGGAGGCAUUCCUCUGCGGCGGGGUGGCUGCCGCCACGGCCAAGUUCUUUUCCUUGCCCUUUGACCGGCUGAAAAUCCUGUAUCAGGUGGGCAUGACCGAGAAAACCUCGGCAAAGAAGGGAGCGCAGCUGCUGUACCAAGUCGUCAAGCAGAGUCCGAACAUGUGGACGUCGGGGCACGUCACGAUGUUGCGUGUGGUACCGUACGGUGCCUUAACGUACUGCUUCUUCGAUAUGUUUCAGUUGUUGGCGGAGCGGCUAAUGUACUCGCACGUGGCCACACCGUACACCAACUUUGCCGCCGGCGCUGCCGCCGCGUCGCUUGGGACGACGAUCGUGUACCCACUCGAUCUUCUGCGCACGCGUGUCGCCGUGAACGCCGUUCCCAGCUUUCAGUCAUAUUUCUGGCUGCUGCGCGCCAUGGCCCGACGUCACGGCAUCGGUUCACUGUGGAAAGGCUGCUACCUUUCCAUGAUGGGCGUGGGCGUUCUCGGCGGCAUCGGAUUUGCCUUGUAUGACUAUUUGAAGGAGCGGUUUGGAUGCCAUACCUUUUUGCAGUAUAUGGCCGCUGGCGCGACGUCGGGGCUGGCCGGCUCUGUGAUAACGUACCCACUGAACGUCAUGAAGCGUAAUCGCCAGGCGGAGCGUGUCGUGUACGCGCAGCUGGGCACUAGCUCCGUGCAAUCGCUGCUCAAAAGCCCUAAAACGGUGGCCCUCCUCUACCGCAAGAUGCCCUUCUCUUUCACGGUGAGCAGCCUUACGUUCGGUAUCUCGUUCGCAGUGAACGACUGGUGUCGAGAUGUGAUCGCGGCGACGCGCAACGAUAUGCUGCGCGAGAUGCUGUUCCUUCCAUCGUCUGCGGUGUCGAAGUCGGUGCUGUCCCGCGGUGACACCGCCUAG